AUGGACACCGCCUCCCUGAAAGGAGAGAGAUGCAACGAAGGUUUUGGGGACAGUGAAAUGGUUAACGUAAGGAACGGCUAUGGCUUCAUCAACAGGAAUGACACCAAGGAAGAUGUGUUUGUCCACCAGACUGCUAUCAAGAAGAAUAACCCCAGGAAGUACCUUCGCAGUGUAGGAGAUGGAGAGACUGUGGAAUUUGAUGUGGUUGAAGGAGAAAAGGGAGCGGAGGCAGCCAACGUUACAGGCCCUGGUGGAGUUCCAGUGCAAGGCAGUAAAUAUGCGGCAGACCGUAACCAAUACAGACGAUAUCCACGGCGUAGAGGUCCUCCACGCAACUACCAGCAAAAUUACCAAAAUAGUGAGAGCGGAGAAAAGAACGAGGGGUCGGAGAGUUUGCCAGAAGGCCAGUCUCAACAGCGCCGCCCCUACCGCAGGAGGCGGUACCCGCCUUACUACAUGCGUCGGCCCUAUGGCCGUCGACCACAGUAUUCCAAUGCUCCUGUGCAAGGAGAGAUAGUGGAGGGUGCUGACAACCAGGGUGCGGGAGAACAAGGCAGACCUGUCAGACAGAACAUGUAUCGGGGUUACAGACCACGCUAUCGCAGGGGUCCUCCUCGCCAACGACAGCCCAGAGAGGAAGGCAACGAAGAAGACAAAGAGAACCAGGGUGAUGAGGCCCAGGGUCAGCAGCCACCUCAACGUCGGUACCGUCGCAACUUCAAUUACCGACGCAGACGCCCAGAAAACCCUAAACCACAAGAUGGCAAAGAGACAAAGGCAGCCGAACCACCAGCUGAGAACACGUCCACUCCCGAGGCCGAGCAGGCGGGGCUGAGUAAACGCCGGCUUACCAUCUCUACCAUCAUCCGGUUUAGUCAUCAAAGAAGAGAAUAUGAAAUAAAAGAGAAUAUGAAAUUCCAGCAAUAAGAAAUGAACAGAAGAAUUGGAACUGAAGACCUUAAGUGCUUGCUUUUUGCUGUUGACCAGAUAACUCGAACUCUCUGCAUUAUCUAUGCAGCAUGGGAUUUUUAUUAUUUUUACCUAAAGCAGUCUCCUUUUGGGAGCGACAAACAUGUUUUU